UCCUGCAAUGAAAACGAAACUUUUCUCCACUAUAAAAGCGUCAGAAGUUUCUUCAUCUUCUUCUUCUUCUUCUUUUCUUUUUUACUCCAGACUCUGCAGCAAACUUCAGCUCCGCAAUUCAAAGUCGAACCAUGGCUUUUAUUCAGACACCGUUUUACAAUCCGACCAUGCCCUUCACUGGGUCAAUCCAAGGUGGUCUGCACGAGGGGAAGAUGAUCGCCAUCAGUGGACAAGUCCCGCCUGGAGCCAACAGGUUCCAUGUGAAUUUACAGUGUGGCUCCAGGACCAAUGCGGACAUUGCUCUCCAUUUGAACCCCCGGUAUGACAGUGACUCUUGUGUGGUCGCCAACACACUGCAACACGGCAACUGGGGCAACGAGGAGAGGAAGAACAACUCCUUACUUCUUCCUGGCUCCACCUUCAACCUGCUCAUCACAGUCACCCGUGAUUCCUUCCAGCUGAAUAUCAACGGCAGCCACUUCAUGGACUACAGGCAUCGUAUUCCCGUUAACCGAGUGGACACCAUCGCUGUCGGCGGGACUGUUCAAAUUUCCUCCAUUGCCUUUCAGAGCAACAUGCUCCCUGGACAUCCUGUAUUUCCUUCUCAACCUUCAUUUCCUGCCCAUGGAGCUUUUCCUCCUCAUCCUGCCUUCCCAACUUGUCCAGCAUUUCCUCCUCAGCCAGGAUUUCCAUCACAGCCAGGAUUUCCCUCACAGCCAGGAUUUCCAUCACAGCCAGGAUUUCCAUCACAACCAGGAUUUCCAUCACAACCAGGAUUUCCCUCUGGAAUGUUUGCUGUUCCAUACAGAACCUCCAUCAACGGUGGACUCGCACCUGGGAAGACCAUCAUUAUCCAGGGAAAUAUUCAGCCCCACGCCACAAGGUUCCAUGUGAAUCUCAGCAUCAACUCUGGCAUCGCUCUGCAUUACAAUGCACGUUUCAAUGAGCACGCUGUGGUGCGGAACACUAAGCAGGGGGUGCACUGGGGCAGCGAGGAGCGUGGUGGAGGCAUGCCCUUCCACCAGGGGCAGCCAUUCACGUUGACCAUUUCCUGUGAGAAUAGCUGCUUCAGGAUUCUGGUCAAUGGGAUGCAGGCUCACACCUACAACCACCGCAUCACUCCACUCAGAAACAUUCACACCCUGGAGAUCGACGGUGACCUCACGCUGACCUCUGUGAUGGUGUAGAGAUCCACCACCUGUGGCUGUCACCUCAUAACCACCAAUUCUUAUCACAUCUAUCAAUGAAUCCAUGCUGAUUGAUUUGACUGGAUGCUGCAUAUUUACGUCCAGUGCUUUCAUACCAAUAUAACAUAUAUAAUAAUUUCUAUAUAAUCAUAUGCCAUACUUUGUUUUUGUUUUUUUUUACAAAAAAAGGGAAAAUUCAUCAGGUUGGUGCUGUGUUAUGUUGUGUUAUUACUCUUAUCAGCCUGAACGCAGCUAAGGAAGUGGACCUGAGUGAGAUUUUAACCCUUGAACUCCUAACCCUCAAAAUGUGCGUCUGACCUUUUUUUUUUUUUAUUAAUAUCUGGCAAUUAUGUAUAACAUGCUGCAUGUUUAAAUACUGUUUUAACAACUUAAAAUGAAGAAAAAAUAACACAUGAACAACAUAGUUUGCGUGUUAAAUUUGAAUGUGAACAGUAUGAAACAUAUUUACAAUGACAUUUGUUUGAGUCUUUGUCUCUUCAUGUGCAAAAACAGGACAAAAAAUGGAAACUAUGUACAGGUGUUCUUCCCACACUUCCCUUCUCUCUGGCAACAAAGACGCUGAUUCUCUGGCUUCCUGGAAGAUCGGGAGUGAAAUUACUUAAACUUUUUAAUUAAAGUUUGUUAAAAAACA